AUGGUAAUCACACGCUGCAAUGAAUUACUACGAAUGCAAUAUUUGAUGAACUACAAGUAUAAACUCUCUUUACAUUACAGUGUCAAGAAAUCAUGGACGCAGUCAAAGCUGAAACAAGAAAAGGCUAAUGAUCCAAGCGUGAAGCCAAGCGAACGUUUGGAUGCUCAAUUUGAUGCAGAUAAAGCUGCCUGCAAAGCAGCAGAACAUCAUGCGAAAGCUGAACUUCAUCAUGCUAAACAUGUUGCCGACUAA